UGCGUUCUAUGAAAGCUUAAAAUGAAUAUUUGCCCGUCUAUAACAGAUAUGAGCAAAUUAGCCUUUGCGAGACGCGUGUUUUAUUUUUGCAUUAAUAUCUUAUCGUGAUAGUUACUAAUGCCCAUUUUAAAAUUUUUAAUGGCUAUUUCACCUAUCGAAUCAAGUCUAUUUUUGUUGGCAAAUUUCAUUUGAGUGCCUUUCGCUGGUAUAGUAACAACCUGACAGUUUGCGGCGGUCAUUUAAUGAGAAUCUGUCAUAUAUAGUUAGUGAUCAACUGUAAGUGUAUUUGAAGGGGUUACAUAGAGCUCUUCGCCAAGGAAAUAUCUCAAAAGCGCGGCAGCUCAAACACACUUAGUGGUUACGAAAAGCAUGAAGACGUCCCUUACUUUGCUAGUCCUGCUCGCUUCCGUCCGUGACGGGUCAUCGCUUCAAAAAGUAGAGAUACGACAAAGGGCUAUGGACGCUCUCUACGCAUCGCUCUUUAGCAACGGUGGCCAACCUCGACUGUUCUCUUUGACUAAACCCAACAAGCCUGUACGAGUCGACUUUUUGUAUGAUAUCAUUCACAUCAAGGAAAUAAAUGCCAAGGACCAAACUAUCACCACAUACGGAUGGGUGCGGCAGGAAUGGCACCACCCAUACAUGCGAUGGAACGCGUCAGAAUUUGAUGGCAUAAAGGAAGUCAUGGUCGACUCGUCGCAAAUCUGGGUUCCGGAUGUAACGCUUUAUAACAAUAUUAAUGAGCAAGAUCACAAGGCCGGAGGGCGAUCUACAUACAAAACAGACGUGAAUAUCUACUCAGAUGGGCGCGCGGUGUGGCGAAGUCCCGCGAUCUUCAAAUCUACAUGCGAUGUGUACGUGAUGUACUUCCCAUUCGACAAGCAGACCUGCUACCUAAGGUUCUCAUCAUGGAGGAUGGACUCUUCCAAGAUGGAGCUAAGGGUGCUUGAUCUAUCGAAUUCAUAUGGGAAACACGCUCUUAUAAAAAAUGGUGAGUGGAAGCUUAUGGAAGACAUCAAAUACGAACGUCGAACAGUUCAUUACCCAUGCUGCCCCGCGAGCGAUUACGAGGAAGUCGCGGUCGUCAUCAAGGUUUCGCGCCAGUACUUCAGCUAUCUGGUGAACCUCGUCAUACCGUGUUUUAUGAUCUCAUCACUAAUAGUCCUAGCCUUCAUCCUCCCGGCGGGGAGUGGCGAGCGAGUAGGUCUCACCAUAACUAUCCUCCUCUCCUUGACAUUCUUCCAGCAGCUGACUAUGUCCAUUUUUCCAUCCUUUGAGUUCCCGUUGCUAGGGCAGUAUUACUUAGCAACCUACGUGGUGAAUGGCCUCGCCAUGUUUCUGAUAACGAUUGUCAUCAAAGUUGAGAACAUGAGAGAUGACUGGUCGAUGCCGCAGUGGCUCAAAUGCCUCAUGUUUGAUUGGCUGGCGACUCUUGUGUGUUUGAGGCAAGUCGUGAAGCGAACGCGACCAAAAAAAACAGCAUUUCACUUUGAGGAACGCCAAGCUCAACAAACUAAGACCAAGAGAAGGACGAUCGCGCAUAGUGCUACCAGCAAAGAGUCUAACAUCAACUGCAAAUCCGACCGUCUACAGUCAGAUGACAUCAUAAAUGACACCGGUAGUCAAGACGAAGAGGCUUCCACUUUUGUCGGGGAUAAUCCUCGCCGCGGAUUGGUUAAUGCUGAUCACGAGCUUUCCAUGUGUGACUGGGAGCGCAUGAUGUCCGUCAGAAUACUCGAUCGCUUUUUUCUUGGCAUUCUGGCCAUCACAGGAGCAUUGAGUCUUUUCGGGAUUUUAUACUUUUCCCGGUUAUUUGUCGGUAUCUUGUAACGGAUAAGUUUUUUUUUUAUACGCGCUGAUGUUUUGGUAAAAUAAGGAUAUGAAAUUUAAAGAAGCCAGAAAAAAGAAUAACUAAUUGUCUUUCAUCAGACUGCCUUUCAGCUUGCUACGACGUGUUUUGCAAUGCUGACAGUGUGCCCAAGGGGUGUUUUGAGCAUUUCUUCAUCUUUGAGUAUUUAAAAACCUGCAAGCAUUUAUCUUAGAAGGAAAAAAGAAUGUAGUAUCUUAUAGUAGAAUGCAAGUGAAAUAAGAAUUGUGCUAGUCCUGUCUAACUUUACUAAAGCAGUGUUAUUAAAAUGAUAAAGAGGUUGGAGUUGAAUAAGAUAAUAUUCCGAAAAUGACUGUAUCGAUUAAAGUAUUUAUCCACUUUCAUGUGAAGCGUAUUUACGAAAACAAUUGUAUCAAAAGAGUUAUAAUAUAACCUAAAAAAAAUACAAAAACAUUUUUUAACAGCCUA